AUGAGUGAAAUACAGAACUCUACGACUGCUAAAACGGUGAUCUACGAAUUUGCCUGGCCUCUACUGGUGGCCGUUUUCGAAAUUAACCUGUACAGAAUAAUUUUGGAGCUGGUGGCUCACAUCCUGCUGAUUGUGAUAACCGUGGUGGUGGUCAAGAAGUGCUGGGGAAUGGAUGACUCUCGCAGUGGCCGGCACGCCCAGUACUCCGUCGUGGGACUAUUUUUGUGCCUAGGUGAGACCCUGCUGGUCAGUCACUCCUGGUGGUUGGGUGACUCGAUCACCCAGUAUCUGCGGAAUCUGCUACACAUGCUCUUGGGAAUGAUUGGCCUUUGGUUAGGUGUGGUGGGGAUCUUCUUAAAGAGCGUGGCCAAGACCGCGUCCCUUGAAGUACAUUUUUGCUCCAAGCACGGACUUACUGGUUUAAUAGGGCUCCUGCUUGUCGGUGGCUCACUGGUCACUGGACUAACAAUGGUCUACUACAACCAUAUGGCUGUGCAUCUCAGCCACCGACUUAUGGGAAUCUUUGGCUUUGUGUGCCUCUGCAGCAGCCAGUGGCUUGCCUUUAAUUUAGGAUUUGCCCGACGGGAAUGGAAAAACCGCUCGAUUAAGUGGCUCAAAAUUGGCUCUCUGGGUGCCACCAUUGCAGUAGUUGGCUACGAGUUCCUUUGCCUAUCUAGGGACAUUACCAAUUUGAUGCCCACAAAUUGGUUCAAAGCCAUCGGGCUAAAGUCUAUGGAACUGAAUAACCCAAUUUUAGAUUGAUCGCAUUAAGUCACAAAUGUGGUAUCUUGUAAUUAAUCAGUAAUUUUUAGAAUUUUAAAAAAAUUUUAACUGAUCUGUGUAAGA